UCCUGUACACACCCUCUGCCGCUCCGUUCACAUAUGGAUCUGGUCCAUAUAGCCAAGAAACUAGUAGUUCUAAAGAAAUGUUACAUCCGCCUCAAAAGACCAACAAAACACACGAGUAUACUUUUUUGUACAUUACGUACACGCCACUGGAAAUGAACGCACCAUCCAGCAGAUACAGGUAGAUAGAAGAUAGUAAACGAUAGGAAAUCACUCGUAAACGCUGCUGUAAUUGUCGAUUCCAACCCAUAAGAUAGAUCAAACAUAGGUUAGAUAGCGAAUAGAUUGUCCAUGCAUGGAUCAUCAUCUCUACCUAUCCUCAUCAUCCUCACAGCUUAUCUCCCAAGCACUCACUCACUCCCCUUGCCGUUUUCACUUAUCAACUCCAGUUCCCAAAAAGCAACAAUCCCAGAGUUCCACCAACCGUUCAAAGCACGUUACCUAAAAAAUAAACCCUCCUCCCUAACCCGUCUCUCGGCGCCCAGUCUCACACGUUUGAUUCAAGGUUCCCUUCUCCCGGCCGGCUGGCGCUUCUUUGCUUCCGAAGGGGGCCUGGACCUAAGCCCAAGGGGAUACCCCGGAGAGACAAUAGAAACAAGGCUAACAUGUGGCCAAGCAUUUCGACACGUCUCCAUCUUCAUACCCUUUGUCCUUGUCCUUGUCCAAUGUACUGUACUAUACGUUCCAUCCCACCAUCUUCACUUACAUGGCCCUGCGUUUUCCAUGUCCGCCACGUGCAUUGGGUUACAUCUUUCAUGUGCAUCGCCAUCUCAGCGCUGCCUCGCUCCUCGUGACACAUGCUUAAGCGCCGAUAUCAAAGUAACCAAGGUCUAAGCUUGUCUAGUAGCUUGCAGUCUUCAUCACGGAUUC